AUGACCAUUGCGCUAACGAUCCCCAGGGAAACCCCUGUGGGGUACGCAUUAUUCAAAGCUAAGAGCAAGAAGCUCAAGGAAGGAUAUAUUGCUGAAAAUGACUCGGUGGAGGAUGUCUGCAGCAAGUACGCUGCUAUGGGCGCUUUCGAUCUGAAAGAAUUCCACAAAUUUGACAGCGCUGUGACGGCAUUGGAGCAAUCUGCAGCCUUGAUCGAGGGAAAGGUCACACCACGAUUGUCUACGCUCCUUGAUACGAUCAAAGAUGAAGCAAAGGCUUCAUUGGCCGUUGCUGACCCCAAGCUGGCCAGUGCGAUCAACAAGCUUCCACAACUUGAUCUGAAGCUGCUAUCCGACUCCUCGACGAAUGACAUCUAUCGUGCCAUACGCCAACACUUACCCUCUCUUAUACCUGCUAUCACUCCGGAGAAUAUCUCGACCAUGUCUUUAGGACUCUCACACUCACUAUCAAGACACAAGCUCAAAUUCUCGGCCGAUAAAGUUGACACGAUGAUUAUACAGGCAAUCUCCCUCUUAGACGACCUUGAUAAAGAGCUCAAUAUUUACGCAAUGAGAGUUCGGGAGUGGUAUGGAUGGCAUUUCCCAGAAAUGGCAAAGAUCGUAAACGACAAUUUAGCGUAUGCAAGGAUUAUAUUUGCAAUGGGAAUGAGGUCCAAUGCUGCAAAUGCGGACCUUGCGGAGAUACUCCCGGAAGAAAUAGAAGGAGCUGUCAAGGCUGCGGCGGAGAUAUCUAUGGGAACGGAAAUCACUGAGGAUGACCUUGAAAACAUCAAGGCCCUCGCAGAACAGGUAGUCCAAUUCACGGAAUACCGUUCUUCGCUCUCUAGCUAUCUCGCCGCGCGUAUGGCAGCUGUUGCCCCUAACCUGACAGCUUUGGUUGGCGAUCUUGUAGGGGCACGCCUCAUUGCACACUCUGGCAGCCUGAUGAACCUAGCCAAAAGUCCAGCAAGCACAAUUCAGAUUCUCGGUGCAGAAAAAGCGUUGUUUCGAGCCCUGAAAACCAAGCAUGACACACCCAAAUACGGAUUGAUCUACCACUCUUCUUUGAUAGGGCAGGCUACGGGCAGGAACAAAGGUAAGAUUGCCCGAGUACUUGCGACUAAAGCUUCCCUCGGCAUGCGUGUGGAUGCAUUGGCAGACUGGAGCCAAAGUGGUGGAGGCAAGGGCGAAGACGUACCUGAUGAGGAGCGGAACUUAGUUGGAGUGGCCCAUCGACAGACACUUGAAAGAAGGUUAGCAGCCCUUGAGAAUAAACCAAUACGAGGGAAAGGGGUUGCCAUCGCACCCAAUGGAGUGUCACAUCAACCAGGUAAAUGGGAGGUGAAGGAGGCAAGAAAAUACAAUCCCGACGCUGACGGGCUCAUUGGGGAUGAACCUGCUGCAUUCAAAGAACCGGAAAAGAAGAAAAAGAAGCUGAUCGAGGAAGUUGUCGAUGAACCACCAAAGAAGAAAGUCAAGGUCGACAAGUCCAUCGGUGAGAGACCAGUCGAGGAGCUUGUGAAGAGCGCCAUGAAAGAUAAUAGCAAGAAAGCCGCGUCAAAGAAGGCGAUUGAAGAAGAAGACAAGGGGUCAGAUAUAAGUAUGGACAGCGAUUCGGAACCUGAACUUAAAAGGAAGAUCAUAUCGGCUCCAGUAAACGGCGCUCCGAAGGGCGCUGUCAACGGUGACGACAAAUCAGACACACUGUCAACAGUCUCCGCUGAUACACCAGACUCGCCGGAUUCGCCGACGCAACAAGAGCGUAAUUGGCAAUCGCCAAUUGAGGGCAACACUAAAGCUGCAAAGAAAGCACGCAAGGAAGAGCGACAUGCCCGAAAGGUCAUCUUGCACGAAGAGCGAAUCAAGGAACGAACGAAACAGAGAGAGAAGCACGCUCGCAAGCUAGCUCGCAAGCAGAGACGGGACGCUCGAUCGGAACAAAUCGACCGUCGAAAAGAUCGUGAGAACGUGACUUUUAAGACAUUGGCUGAGCAAGCUGGCCUGUCGAUAGUGCGUUACAAGAGAAAGCUUGACCGUGGGGAGAUUAAGUUUGAUGCUGAUGGGAAGCCUCAUUCAAUAUCCAAGAAGGAUAUCAAGAAGGCAAGGAAACAUACGUCCAAAGCUGAGAGUGCAAGCAAUGGCCAAGUUGACGGCAAGAAGAGGAAACGUGCCGAAGAGGAUGACGCCGACGCGUUGGCAAAGGCCGAAAAGAAGCGAAGGAAAGAGGCUAAAAAAGCUGCGAAGGCGAAGUCAUCCUAA